AUGCAGCUUAACGUGGUCACUACUUUUCCACCUGGGUAUAGGUUCAAUCCUCGUGAUGACGAACUUGUUCGGUAUUACCUGCAGAAGAAGAUCAUGGACGAGCCAUUGCCCCCCAACAAGAUCAUGGAAGUUAACCUCUACCGCCACAAUCCCGAGACGCUUGCUGAAAGAUAUGAAACUUAUGGAGAAAAAGAAUGGUACUUCUUUACUCCAAGGGACCGGAAGUAUCGCAAUGGAUUUCGACCAAAUAGGGCAGCUGGUGAUGGAUAUUGGAAGGCCACAGGAGCUGACAAAACAAUAAGGUCUGGCAAUGUAGAGGUUGGGUGUAGAAAGGCUCUCGUUUUUUACAGAGGUAAACCUCCAAAGGGUAAAAAGACGAAUUGGAUCAUGCAUGAGUAUCGAGUCCCUGAUUCCCCUGAUUCUCGUCCUCCCAAAAGGACUGAAAAUGACAUGAGGUUGGAUAACUGGGUGCUGUGUAGAAUUUAUAAGAAAGCUGAUAACAAGAACAACAAAAGCCAGAGCCGAAAUCAUGUAGAGGAUCCUGUUGAAGAUACAUCACUACCAGAUAACAUGGACAUGGAGAUGGAGACGAACGGUCAAGUUGAUAACCCUCAAGCAUUGGAGUCUGAAAAGGCAUACCCUUACCCUAUUGUUCAUCCACCAUUGGAGUUUGACAGGGCGUAUCCUAAUUAUGCAUUUCCUUACCCGGGUGAGCGGCCUCUAUGUGCUCUAGUUAACAACAAUAUGAACAACAUGCUUCAUCACCACCGAUUCCAACCAGUCUCUUUGAAUUCUGGGGAUAGUUAUGCAAAUAUGGGGCAAAUGCAACAGGCUUGUGGCACUUAUUCACCAAUGCAAUUUCCUGAUCAAAACUGUGGUGUGCAAUUUUCUGAUCAAAAGCGUGGUGUGCAAUUUUCUGAUCAAAAGCGUGGUGUGCAAUUUUCGGACCAAAGGUUUAUUAUGCAACCAGUUGAUGUCACAUCAGGAUCAAUGGUAUGUACAGGUGAUCAAAAGUGUGGUGUUCAAUUUCCAGACGAAAAGUUUAUUAUGCAAUCACUUGAUGUCACAUCAGAAUCAAUAGUAUGUACAGAUGAGGCAUGUUCUGAUCAGAAAUGUGGUAGGCAAUUUCCGGAUCAAAAAUUUAUUGUGCAAUCACCUGAUUGUAGCCCACAACCAAUGACAUUUUCUCAUGAAAAAAGUGAAAAGAGUGUCCAACCAGAUGAUGCAGUUGAUAGUAGACCUUCAUCAGUGCCUUCUUUACCUGAUCAAAAGAGUACUCAACAAGGAAUUGGUAAGCCUCUAUUACCACCAUCUGAUCAAGGUCUACGAUACGUAGAAGAAUCGAAUGAAGAUCAUAAUCUCAUGUUUGGUUAUCCACCAUUUGCGUCUUUGGAAACUUUUUCAUGGCCCUGACCUAGGUGCUAUGUUCUGCUGCACAAUCAAGCCAGAUUUAGGUAAAAAUAUUUCAAAAUGAGUUGACUUUUUCAAGAAUUUUUCAACCAUAAUUGGUUGGUUUAAUGUUAUUUAGUUUCUUAGGUUUUUAGGCUAGUGAAUAACAUUGAUUUAUGGCUUGUGUUGGUGGAAUAUAUAUAAUGAGUAAUGAUAGGGCCUUCAAUAAGGCUUAAAGUUUAGGCCUUAAUCAUAUGUGGAUGUGUUUUUUUAACAUGUAAACAAUUUGCAUAGUUUGUU